AUGGCUCCUCCUAACCAGAAGUUUGUCAUUGAUCCACAGGAUCGUCGACCAGUGGACUACUGGAGUGACGCUAAAUUUAUAACGUAUUUGACCCUCGAUGGUGAGAAGAGGGAGGCGUUCGCGGCCAAGCAAAAGAAGGGCAAGGUAUUGAAGACAAACAAACCGUUGGUCCGAGUGCUCCCUCUCCUCGAGGCUCUACGGAAUAACCGCUACUGCGAAAUACGUGAACUGAUUGUAUAUGACGUACUUAUGGAUCACAGCGAUUUAAUGAGCUUGGCAGCCAUCACUGCAAAAGGAACAUACAAACUUGAAAUUCUCGAACUAAUUAACUGCUUUAUUGAUGCCAAGGGUUUGGAGGUUAUUGUACCGACCUUAAAUAGCACGCAUUCGCUGAGCACUCUAAUUCUGGACUUCAAUGAGUUUGGCGACAAUGGAUGCCACGUGCUCUGUGAAGGCCUGGCGCAGUGCAAAUGGUUGGUAACGUUAAGUAUGCGAUUCUGUGAUCUGCACAAGCAGAGCGGUCUUUGGCUUGGUAACCUAAUAUGUGAAACUCCAAUAAGGGAGCUGUACGUUGACGGAAAUUCCUUGGAAGCGGAAGGCGCAAUUGCGCUGCUUUAUCAGUUAAGUGAAGCAGCAAAUAAAGAGGGCAUGGAACGUGCGGACGCCGAGCGGGCUAAAAUAGAAGCUGCUCUAGCAGCUAAAAAUACAAGGACUCGUCGCGUUGAUUUGGAUGCUCCUCCCGACGAUCCCCCACCCCAGCCAGCCAACGCAUCGAACGUGGACGAGGGAGAACAUUUUGGGACGAAUGUUAAUGCUGCCAAGGGUGGGAAAAAGAAGAAAGGUUCCAAAAUGCCGCCAUCUGGACCACAAAUCAGCAUUCUGUACAUGUCAGAGAACGCAAUUAAUUCCAUCGGCCGUGGUGGAAGCUUCGCUCCAGUUCGGGCCAUGCAGCUUCUAAAAACAAUCAUUGCCUACUCCAAGACGCUGAUGGAUGUUAACAUAUUUGGCAACGAAAUCGGUGAUCUUGCUGCGCGUCAGCUGCUGGAAGGCCUUCUGCUUCGUCUGGAUGCCAAGCUUCCAAAAAUUGGUUUGAAAGUAUCUCAUCAAAUCCACCAGGAUACAUUCGACGCCAUAAAUCAGUUAGCUCCAGGCCCGAAAAUAAAAAGGAAGUAA